ACUCUAACUUUUGGGGGGGGAGCGGGCGAUUAUCGUGGGUUGCCAGUGCAAGUUCAGAUUCUCAAGUAAAGACACGAACCAUAAAAAUUUCGAUGUUUGUUUUGCACACGCACACCAACAUCAUUCGUGCACGCCGAUCACGCACACCAACAUUUUUUCGUAACGCGCGUCAGUUUUGAUCUGUCAAACUGGCCAUAGAAUUUAAUUGUCCCGCGUGUUUGGUACUGAACGGUCGCCGUCAAGUCGCCGUCGAAUUUUUUUCCGGUUUUUCGUGUCGUGUGUGAAAUUUCGGUUUUCUUUGGAUUGCGGAUCUUGUGCGCCGGAACAAAACCACAAGCGGGCAAGCAAGCGGGGUUUUGUUCCGGCGUGGUGUGGACCACUUUGAGUGGUCGAUCGUCGUUUCGUAGUCACCGUGUCGUGACUCGGAGUGUGUGUGUUUUCUUCAAUUUUAGGCCAACCGCAGAUUGCAGAUUGUUAUUUUGUGAAUCGCAGCAGGAGGUUUUUGUUUCCUGAUCCGCUCUCCGGCCGGACCGGUUAACAUCGUUUUUUUGUGUAGGGUGUGUGCAAGGGUGUGUGUGUGGGUGCAAAAGUGUGCGGCGUUCAGGCGUUCUAUCGGCCGGAGUGCACCGUCCGGAUUAAGUUCACGGAGCUGGAUCGUGGAGGUGGAGCUUAAGGCCCAGGGUUUUCACUAAAGGAAUGGCUCGCAGCACAGAAAAUCGAAAAGCAGACAGGGAAUUUAAUCGGCUCAAGGAUGUAACUGCUGAAACACUUCCAUCGUUUUUAACUCGCGCUUCAUCGAAUAUACAUGAAGCCACGCAGCCCGAACCGAUUGAUUCUGCUGGGCCAAGCAGAUCAUCUGAGCCUUCGCAUCCAAACGACAUGGCUGAUACGAACGAACCACCUAUACCGGAGUUUGUCUCUGAAGAAGCUACGUUCAGUGAUGAGCUAACCAUUGACCGUUUCUUACAAAACAAUGAAGAAGAAGAAGAAUUUGAAGACAGUGACGUUGAAGCAGAAGAAAGUCAUUCCGAAAUUGCAGAUAUUGCAUCAACCUACGUGACCUGGGUCUCCAAAUACAAUAUUUCUGGAAUUGCUGCAGAUGAAUUUUUGAAUUACUUACGGGAAAAUCAUUUUCCUUUUCUUCCAAAGAGCAUUAAAACAUUGAGACAAAAAGCAUAUACAAUGGAUGCACCAAUACGCGACAUGGGAGAAGGCCAAUUUUUGUAUUUUGGAAUCAAAAACAUUAUAAUCAAGUUUUUAGACAUUGCCAACGUUGAUGUUCAGCUCAUUCAACAUUUUAAAAUUGGAUUUGGUAUCGACGGAAUCCCGAUUUCGAAAAGCUCAAAAAGUAAUUUUUGGCCGAUUUUAACUCGUCUGAAUGAUUAUCCAGCCGUUCUACCUGUUGCUGUUUUUUACGGUCGUGGAAAACCACAAAGUGUUGAAGACUAUUUAAUGGAGUUCGCCGAAGAGUUGCAGGAGAUUCUACGAAAUGGCAUGCAGCACAAAGACAUUCACCUAAACUUCUCUAUUGGCCCGCUUGUUUUUGAUGCCCAAGCGAAAUGUUUUGUACACGACAUCGUAUCGCCAACCGGUUUCAAUGCUUGUCCAAAAUGUUUUACUGAGGGCAAAAAAAUUAACCAUCGAAUGGUGUUCCCAAACCUAAUGGCAGAAUUAAGAACGGAAGAAUCUUUUUUAAAUGUGAACGACCCAAUUCAUCGGCAUGCAAAGCUGCCACCUCUAGCUGGAAUAGGAUUUGAUUGCAUAAGUAAUACUGCUAUUGAUUACAUGCACCUUAGUUGUCAGGGCGUUUUCAAAACAUUGCUGAACUUUUGGAUUAACACGACAACCCGUCCAUACAGCCUGAACAACGAGCACAAAGCAGAAAUAAAUCAUAGAAUAUUGAUGAUUCGAAGACAGCUCGUCUCUGAUUUUGCCAGAAAACCUAGGACCCUUCAAGAAUUUUCUCACUACAAGGCUACCGAAUUUAGACAAAUGUUGAUCUACACCGGCCCGAUACUGUUCAAGAAAGUUGUAAAAAAACAGUAUUAUGAUCACUUCAUGUUGCUGAAUGCUGCGCAUAGGAUCUUGUGCCACCCGGAACAAUGUGUCGAGAAGAAUGAAGUGGCAGAGGAUUACCUGAACCGAUUUGUUUAUGAUUUUAAAUAUUUGUACGGUGAACAUUAUUUAGUAUACAAUUUCCAUGUUCUUAUCCACCUGGCCAAAGAGUGUAUCCAUUUUAACAAACCGUUAGAUGGAUUCUCUGCCUUCUGCUACGAGAACUUUUUGCAAAAGAUAAUCAAAAUGUUGAAACGAGCCCCGUACCCGCUUGAACAGCUGCGUAACCGACUUCAGGAACUAUUAUACUUCCGGCCUGAGCUAUUCACUGAAGUCAUGAGAAAAAAUAACAAAACCAUUCGAAUACCAGGAUCAAACCAAUUUGAGGAAAUUUUCACAGAAAAGUAUGUCCAUUUUGCCGUCGAAAGUAAUGAUUGUUACGCUUUAAAAAAUAACGCAAUAUUCGAAAUCAACGAUAUCAACAAAGUCAACGGUCGUUUUGUGUUAACUUGCAAAAAAAUUCAAGGAAUCAGAUCAUUCUAUGGUGAUUCGCAAACUUACGGAUUAUUUUAUUGUAAUUCUAUUCAAUACGCACGAGAAUCGGUUGAGCUGGAUGCUUCGGAGUGCAGCAAAGUUUUACGACUUAAUCUGAGUGAUGUAUAUUUAUUUGCAUCCAUACUACAUAGCGAAUGAUGGAGGAUCAACAGAUCGAGUUGAAAUCAGAGUAUUUGGAUGAGGAUUAUUCUGAAGAAACAACGCGACAUCAAAGAAAGACAACAAAAAUUAAAAUUAAGAAGCAAACAGAACCCAAACUCGGAAAAUAUUCACUGUCUGCUGAGGACUUUGAAGAUGAACCACAAGGCACUGAAGCAGAUUUUGAGCUGUAUGAGGUCGUUGAAGAAUCGGCGAGUAAGAUCAAUGCCGGAGACGUUGGUGGUAACACUACACAUGAUGAUGAUUAUGCAGAAGACGAAGCAGAGGAAGACGAAGCAGUGGAAGACGAAGAAGUCGAAGACGAAGAAGUCGAAGACGAAGCCGAUUGCGAAGACCAAAACGAGACUUAUAUCAUAGAGAACAAGAAAGAAAAGACCGAAGAGAGCGAUGUUGGUGACGAAGAGGAACCAGACGAGGAGUUGGCCAUUGAGCAGGAAAGUCAAUACGAAACGAUCAUUCGCUUACUGCAUGACCAGGGCCGUGGUAUAAGAGCACUUGCUCGACAAAACAAGAGGCUGCAAGAUCGACAUGAUACGCUCACUCAACGAUUUACACAAUUGGAAUCUAAUCUCCAAACUUUGCACCCCACGAUGCCAACAACUAAAAUCUUGUGGCCUAUGACUGAUAUUGAUGCACUCAAAUCCUUGGAAGAACGAUUGCGGACUGAACAAGGCAUGGAGGACAUGCUGAAGAAGAAAUUUAAAUCUGGGAACCAUAAAUCUCUGAACAGUUUUAUCAACACAAACUUGAAAGCCUUGUUCUACCAUGCUGGACGAUUCACGUGGACCGGGGAAGCUGCAAGUAAUGCGAAGCAUGGCAAGGAAACUCACAAGGCACAAGGCCUGCUCUGCGUGCAAGCACUUGUUGAUUCUUGCGAGGAUGUUUUUGGUGAAUGUGCUCAAAACAUCACCAGCGCAAUUGCAGAACGCUUAAUACGCAUGAAUGAGGCAAAACACCGACUGGAAAUAAAGGCAGCAGGUGGAUGUUCCAAGAAAUUGUUCACCGGCCAGCUCGCAAGCAUUCCGGUCAACAAAGCUACGUCGAAUCAGCCUGGAUCUCUCAAGAAAUCGACGGACGAGCGGAAAUCGAUCGCCGCCCCUCCGAGGGUUUCGGCCAUCAACAUCAAGGCGCGCGGAGGAACGAGCGCCGGAAGUCCCGCCAGUGGCAUUCCGGCCAGUGGCAUUCCGGCCAGCAAAAUCGCUGCACGCGGGGAAACGAGCGCCGCCAUUCCCACGAGCUCUCCGGUCAGCAAUAUCAAGGCGCGCGGAGGAACGAGCGCCGACAAUCCCGCCAGUGGCAUUCCGGCCAGCAAGGCAUCGUCGAAGCAGCCUGGAUCUCUCAAGAAAUCGAUCGCCGCCCCUCCGAGGGUUUCGGCCAUCAACAUCAAGGCGCGCGGAGGAACGAGCGCCGGAAAUCCCGCCAGUGGCAUUCCGUCCAGCAAAAUCGCUGCACGCGGGGAAACGAGCGCCGCCAUUCCCACGAGCUCUCCGGUCAGCGCCGACAAUCCCGCCAGUGGCAUUCCGGCCAGCAAGGCAUCGUCGAAGCAGCCUGGAUCUCUCAAGAAAUCGACGGACGAGCGGAAAUCGAUCGCCGCCCCUCCGAGGGUUUCGGCCAUCAACAUCAAGGCGCGCGGAGGAACGAGCGCCGGAAGUCCCGCCAGUGGCAUUCCGGCCAGUGGCAUUCCGGCCAGUGGCAUUCCGGCCAGUGGCAUUCCGGCCAGUGGCAUUCCGGCCAGCAAAAUCGCUGCACGCGGGGAAACGAGUGCCGCCAUUCCCACGAGCUCUCCGGUCAGCAAUAUCAAGGCGCGCGGAGGAACGAGCGCCAGCCAGCCAAACAGCAACGCUUUAUCUUAUCACCAUGGAUCUGGGAGAAAAAGAAAAUCUUCAUACACGGGGGAGCCGAACUACGUAACGGCGCGCGGGGGAACAAGCGUCGGACAUUCCUCAAGUAUCAUCAUGGCCGGCAACGUCUUCGUGCCCGGGGGAGUGAGCUAUCCCACCCACGAAAUCCCCACGAAAAAACCACCCAUCAAAUUCUACGGCAUCAACGUCAUCCCUAACGACAGAAUCGCGGUGUGCGGGGGAACGAGCGCUGGGACCAUCACGGCGCAGGAGGAAACGAGCGCAAGCCGUCCCGCAAGCGGUGUAUCGCCAGAAUUGAUGUUCGUCACCAUCCCGGGCGGACAACGCGUCAGCUACGCCUUCCCCCGGAACGAAAGCAACACUGCCAGCUAAACUGCCGUUCUACGCAUAGUUGUCUCAUGUAAUUUUUGAUCGAUUUUGGCUUUUUUUGUUAUUUUUAUGUCUAGUUUGACGU